AUGUUAAAUGUUUUAAUCAAAACAAAUUUCUUCGACAAUUUCUGGCUAUUAACAGCAUUCUACGGAAACCCUUAUAAACCUAGGAAACUAGAAUCUUGGGAAUUCCUAGAAGAUAUAUCGUCUAGAAUAGUUCACUCUGGUAUUCCAUGGGUUGUAAUAGGUGAUUACAACCAAGUGUUCAGUCCUUCUGAAAAAUUGGGGGGCUUACCCUUCAAUAGUAUGGAAGCGGAGCCUUUCAAAAGGCUUUUUCAAAGGGCCGGACUCUCAGACAUAGGCUUUCAAGGGAACUUUUACACAUGGAAUAAUUAUAGAGAGGCCAAUAAAAACAUUCAGGAAAGGCUAGACAAAGCCUAUACAAAUGAUGAAUGGAAUUCGCAUUUCCCUGACUCUUCUUUAACUCAUCUCCCGUCUUUCGGGUCUGAUCAUAUACCAAUUAGGUUAGACCUCUUCCCUUUCUCGGCUCUCAGUCAAAACUACCCUUUUAAAUUCUUUGAUACUUGGCUUAAAGAAAACUCUUGUAUGCAGUUAAUAUCACAAACUUGGAAUCCUUCUUUACUGAAUGUGACUGACGUAGUGCUUAAUAACCUAAAAAUCUUAGGUGAAAACCUUACGUCUUGGCGGAAGAAUGUUUUCGGAGUCCCUGAAAAGAAGAUUAAAAAACUCCUACAAAGCAUUGAUUCAAUUCAGUCGUCUAGUAGAGUUCAUAAUAAACAGAAACAUCUGAAUCAGAAACUCUUAGAUCUAGAAAAUCUAUAUGAUACUCAAGAGGAAAUCGCCAAACAAUUGUCAAGAGAGAACUUUGUUAAUAUUGGAGAAAUAAAUACAAAGUAUUUUCAUUUGAAAACUUUAAAAAGAAGAAAACGGAAUCAGAUAGAUUGUCUUUUAAAUCAAAACGGGGAAAUUUUGAAACAAAAACCUCAAAUUGCCAAGGAAUUAAAAAUGCAUUUUGAAAACCUUUUUACUGUCUCCCCUACAGUGCCUGACCAAGAAUUAAUGAAUCUCAUUCCUAAAGUCAUUUAUGACCAGGAUAAUGCGGAUUUAUUAAGAAUCCCAACUUCAGAUGAAGUUUGGAUGGUAGUAAAAUCCAUGAAAUCUAAUAAAUCUUCAGGACCAGAUGUUUUCCCGUUGAAUGUAUCGCAAAGAAUAAAAAUUUUCUUAUGGAAGUGUAUUCAUAAUGCCUUGCCUGUUAGGAAAAAAUUGAGUGAACAUAUGGAUGAUAUAGAUAUAAAAUGCAUUUUCUGUGAUCAUGAAUGUGAAUCUUUAAAGCACUUGUUUUUUGAAUGCCCUUAUGCUAAAUCUGUGGCUUUGCUGCCUCCUGUUGUGGGUAUAAAUCAUAGUAGUAAUUUAGAUUACUCUUUUGCACAAAUGUAUUCUAACUGGAUAGCAGGUAAGGUUGUGCCAAAAUCUGUUAGGAAGUUGUAUAGGUCUGGUUUCACAGCAUUACAUAGCCUGGUUGCCAGAAUGAAGGAGAGUAAAUAUACUUUGAGUGAAGCUACAUUGGAAAAGAUAGCCGAAUCUUCUUAUGGACAGAUGUUUUUGAUGUUCUGGCACACUAAGUACUCAGAAAGUCAUUGGGAAAAGUUGGAAGGUGCAGUGAAAAAGUACUUGAAGUGUUACAAAAGGGGUCGAGUCAAGAAUGAGCUCACAUUUGAGUUUGUUAGAAGAGGUGAAACACACAUUAUCACGUCGACACCAGAAAAAAUGGGUGUAAUGUUUGGAACGCCAAGAAUGGCAGGAAGAAGAACUGAUGACACCUUUUUGAUGGGAGGUGGUGGAUGGAGGCAGAAACCAUUCUACAUUAGACACUUUGGUGAUAGCAACACGGUUACAAGACCAAUGCUACAAGAUGCCAUCUUGAAACUGCUUAAGCGUACUGGAAUCAAGAAUUCUGAAUCUGAAGGUGGCGAAGACAGUGAUGAUGACAGUGAUGAACAAGUACCCGAUAGUGAAGAUGAUCCAAAACCGAAUCCGACCCACUUAAAGGCAAAAGAACACCGUCUGACUCACCUUCCUCUUCUCCCAUUGCAGAUGAGUCAGAGUCAGGUCCAUAUAAUUGAUCGAGAAAAUCAUCAGCAUCUAUGA